AUGCGUGCUUUAGCUUCGUACAUUCCAGCUCAUACGUACCACCCUCAACCUCUCUUCCUUAUUCUUCCGGCAAGACCUUCAAAACGACCACCUCUGGACGACCCACUACAUCGCUCGUCGAUCCUGGCCCGGCCGCCACCGUACAUCCAACCUCUCAGAUCUCAACCCGGGCCCUCUCUCUGCCUGGUCUUUCAGUCCGCCACUGCACCCUCCACCCCGAUCGGUCAGUACGACGCACCAACAGCCGUCGCCUUGCCUCUCAGUCGCCGUACAGGAUUCCUAUUUUCAAGGGUGCAGAUGGCGGCUGACCUCGUCAUUCUCGUGUGGAACGCUGGAUAG